AGCUGAAUCAUCUAGAUGGCCAGGCUAUUAAAGGUCCGCACAAGAAUCGUCAAACCAGUGAUCAUUCUUGUUCUCUCAGCAUCGAGUCAAAUUUCAUCUAAAGAUGAUGAGCCUUGCAAAUUAUACCUGGUUUUUUAACCCCAUCGUCACUGCGUUCCCACAAACCGUUUUGCCCAAUGUUACAUUUUGGAACGUCACCAAUGGCAUCGACUUGAACUACCAAAUCCAAAUUUCGUGGCCAUUGGCAUGGGAAUCCCGCGAUGUCAAGAAUACCGCACUUACAAUGUGUUUGUACUAGACGGCAACGCCCUCGGCAUGACCGCCACAGAAGCCUGGCGCCGCCGCCUCCCCGUUGAGCCCACCCAGCCCGAUAGCAUUGUCGUCAGCAUCGGCUACCCCAUCACCGACUCUGUCUACAGCCCCCAGCGCGGUAUUGACUUCCAGCCCGUGACGCCAGGCGAAGAUCCACCUGCUGAACCAGGCGUGCGCGAGGGAGCAGACGACUUCAUUCAUUUCAUCGAGGGAACUCUCCGCCCAUUCAUCCAUUCCGAGUUCCCGCAGGUGAACUUCGGUCGCGAUGCGCUCUACGGCCACUCCUUCGGUGGAUUGUUCGUGAUUUACGCCCUGUUGCGCCGGCCUGAUCUCUUCGAUACUUUCUUGUCCUCUAGUCCGGCGCUGUUUUGGAACGAUGGGUACUUGCUCAACCAUACUUAUUGGCUGGACGAGGCCAAACUGCCGGAAAAUGUGACCAAGCCCGCUUUCAGACUCGCGUAUGGGGAUCUAGAGCAGUAUCCUGUGAAGCGACGCACCGAGACGAAUGAGCAGUACCAGUCAAGAUUGGAUUUGUAUGCUACGUUUUCUAUGACGGAUAACUGCCAUGCAUUGUAUGAGAGCCUGAAGGGGAGUAAUAAGUCGAGAGAUGUGGUUUUGAAGGAGUAUGUUGGCAGUGACCAUGCCAGUGUGGCUGCGGUGGCCUUGACGGAUGGGAUUGAUUAUUUUGUUGACUGGUAAUUCGAGGUUGAGCACUGCUUAAGGCAUAUGUUUGAGUCCAUAUCUGGCAAUGUGAUAUGCCUAUGCUAGCUAUGCUUUCAGAUGCUUCUUGUACAGGCACCUGAAUGUAAAGGGACCGGCAAGCCAGGCUGCAGUGUGCUGUGAUCUGCAGUGGAGACCUGCACUAAAAUAAGUAACUCUACAAUAAAGUCUUUGCGCUACCUGUUAGAAAGGUUAACAGCAAAGUAAAACAUUACACAACCAAAUACGGUCCAGGAUAUCACUUGGAUUUGAUGUUCCCGUUGAAGGAGCAAAAGGAGGGCACAUAUGCCUAACCUGUAUGUAUUGUAGCUAACUCUGGU